UGGAUUAACCAUGGCAGGACGUUAGCUUACAGGUCUAUGAUGCACUGACAGUAUACAUUGUAUAAUCUGCUGAUACGACUCAAUAGUACUAAUAAUUAUUAUGUCGAAAAAUAUCCUUAAUAUGGCUCAAGAACGUGGUCUAUAGUCUGUCACUACAAUAGUACAAUAAUUUACAAAAUUGCUACGACCUAAAAGGAUUGAAAAUCGUAAACAAUUAAAACUGUCAUCAUUUAGUACCAGCUAUUAAUAUGAUAAUAGCUACAUACCCAGUGCGUAUUAUAUUAUUAUUGUUACCGAGUAAAAUCGCCGAUAAAAUGAAUAUUUUUAUAACCGUUAUCUGUGUGUAAAACCAAUAUUAUUCUAUAUGUUUAGACAUGGAAAUUGUUGAUAAAGAGUGAAGUGCGGGGUACGCGUUGCACACCAUAUCGCGUAGUUGCGUAUUUUCUUUUUAGUUAUUAUUUAUUAUUCCAUGUCUUGCACUAUUUUCAACUAAUUUGUCUACAACUGUCGUCUGGUACGGAAUACGGAUUAUUGUAUUAAUACGACGAAAACCGUUUACGCCGUUGUUACGCUUCAGAUUUGCUUCCGUGUUAUUGCCGAUUUCACUGUUGAUAUACUAGCUGUUACGACUGUCGACUGUACGUAUUAUUAACUUCUUGUCUUUGUCACUAUACUGUCAUUAAUCUAAGUAUGUCAAACAAUAAAAAUAUUAGUAGGUCUACUAAACGUAGACGAUUUUUGGAGGAUCUGGAAAUGGUAGAUUAUCUGUAUGACAAUGAUAAAAAUGUAGAAUGUGAACUACAACCAAGUACAUCAUAUGAAGUAGAUUAUAAUUUAGCCAAUGAAAAUACUAAUUUAUCCGUAUCAAAUGCCAAUAAACUAUUUACCGACAUUAAAUUACCAGGUAGUCCAAUCUCAUGUGAUGGGUUUUCAAUUAAUUCUUUAAAUGAAGCAGAUAAUGAAUUUGAAAAUGAUUUAUUUUCUUCAGAUUCUGAUUUUGACGAGGAUUUUGAUACAAAUGAUCAACUUAAAAUUAGUUGUUCGUUUGAUAUGUAUGAGGACGAAGAUUGUAUUUUAAAAUCAUUAGCAAAAUGGGCAGUAGCUCAUAACAUCACUCUCAAUUCUUUGUCUUCAUUACUGAAAGUAUUAAAAUGUCAUAAAUGUUUUAAAGAUAUCCCAGUUGAUGCUAGAACUGUAUUAAAAACAGAUAAACCUAAUCAAUGUAAUGAUAUUCAAAUUGUGUCACCUGGUUUAUAUUACCAUUUUGGGGUUUCUAAUGGCUUAAAUUCUCUUGGUGAUAUGCUGGUGCAUUUUGAUGAUGUAAUUAAAAUUGUAAUAGGAAUUGACGGAUUACCCCUUACAAAAAGUUCCUCAAGUACAUUUUGGCCAAUUUUAGGAUAUGCUCGAUACCCAGCUAUUAAUCCUUAUAGUCAACAUAAUAUAUUUAUUAUAGGGUUGUACUGGGGAAAAGAAAAACCUCAAUCUUGUAAUGAUUAUUUAAAAUAUUUGGUGUCUGAACUUAAAGAUUUGUAUACAAAUGGCAUGCAAACAAAGUUUGGUAAAAAAAUUGUGAUAGUUGAUACUUUUUGUUGUGACUGCCCCGCUAAGAGUUUCAUUUUAUCUGUAAAAGGACACGCUGGUUAUUCAUCCUGUAUAAGAUGUAGAAUAGAAGGAGAACGUAUAAACAAUACAACAUGUUUUUUGGAAACCAACUUUUCUAAAAGAACUCAUUCGGAUUUCUUAAAUCGUGUGGAUGAUGAUCACCAUAUCACUUCUACUGUUUCUAUACUUACUGAAAUACCAGGUAUAAAUAUAGUUGAAGAUUUCAGUCUUGACUAUAUGCAUUUGGUAUGUUUGGGGGUUAUGAAAAAGAUGCUAUUACUCUGGUUAGGUGUAUCAAAAAAUGCUCCUGUCAAUGUCCGUAUUCCAAGUCGAAGUGUUAACAAUAUUUCAAAGCAUUUAUUGUUAUUGAAUACCUUAGUACCGAGUGAUUUUUCAAGAAAAUGUAGAGGGUUAAAUGAAAUUUGCCGGUUUAAAGCAACUGAGUUUAGAUUAUUUUUAUUAUAUACAGGACCUGUGGUCUUAAAAGAUAUUUUAAAUAAUGAAUGUUAUUUUCAUUUUUUGUGUUUGCACAUCAGUUUUAGGGUUCUCUUAUGUCCUGGUAGUUCUGACAAGUUAGUGAAUUUCAGUGAAAAACUUAUUAAAUACUUUGUUGAAAAUUUUAGUAAAAUAUAUGGUCCUCAGUUUAUUUCUCAUAAUGUGCAUGGAUUAUUGCACAUUGUUGACGAUUAUAAAAAAUUUAAGUCGCUUGAAGAGUGUUCAUGUUUUCCUUUUGAGAAUUACAUGAAAGUUUUAAAAAAAAUGGUCCGAAAGCAUGAAAAACCACUUGAACAAGUUAUUAAACGUUACCAUGAAUCUUUAUUCUUUAACCAACCAAUUGUUUUGAAUUCUCAAAAAAAAAUAAUUUAUAAAAAACCUUACAGUUAUGGACCUUCAGUAUUUGAGCACUUAACCGUUCCACAUUUCCAGAUAGUUUUUAAAAAUAAUAUUAAAAUAAAUAUUAAGUCUUCAUCUGACAGCUAUAUUGGGUUCACAGAUGAAACAGGUCUUAAAAUUUUUAAGGUUUUUAAUAUAUGUCGUGAUUCUAUGACAGAAAAAAAUGUUUUUGUAGUUAAGCAUUUUGAAACUAUUGGCAUUUUUUUUGAUAAACCCAUCAGUAGUCUUAAAUUAGGUAUUGCUGUGGUGAACAAUUUAUCAGAAUUUUAUUCCACCAUAGACAUUGAGAAUACUGAAUUCGUAAAAUAUAUGAUAUUGACUAGUAAUAGUAAUGUAAAUGUUGCAUACCCUAUUUUACAUUCAUUUAAUGUUUGAAUUACUGACAGUUUAUUGAUAUAUAUGUUAAUACAUUUUUUUGUACCUGUUUAUUAUUUAAUAUUUAUUUUUUAUUGUUUAUAUAUUUUAUUAUUAUAUUAAUUUAUGUUAGUCAUUUAUUGUAAUUGUAUUUAAUAGUGUGUAUGUUUUGGUAUAGUGUAAAAUAAAGA